CAUACCUGUGCUCAUCAUAUCGCACAAGUACAGAAUAUUUGUGCACAUCAAGCCCCUCACACAAGCCUGCGCUAUUGACUCAGUUGUACAAUACUCAAAAAUUAUAGUAUGGAAAAAGUUAAAGACAUCAUUCCUGAUUAUUACGAUGGAGACUUUCUGUGUCCUAAAAGUGGGGCAAAGUUGGCCUCUCUCUUUGGUCUGGACCGAGCACAGAGUCAGGGAAACGAGUCCUUCCAAUUCACCGCCCCUAAACAGCCAAAAAAGUCCUGCGCCAUCUUAGGCCCACCUCCUCAGAAGUCCAUCCCUCCUCCAUGUGCUCCAGCUGUGCUGUUUGCUACAGCUGUGCAUGCAUUCAGCUUUGUGAAUGGACAAUAUGAGAAGCAAGGCAAGAUAGGAGCUGCUGUUUUAGGAAACCAUGUCACCAAAGAGUACAAGAUUCUGUUGUACAACAGUAAACAAAAACAGAUGAGUACGGCUCGAAUCCAUCGCGGAUUUGCCCUCACAGUUCAGCCCUGUAACUAUGUCACUUUCUAUGACGACCAGCAACAAAACUGGUCUUUAAUGUUUGACUCAGCAAAGUCCAGGCCUGAGUUCUGUAAGGAGGUGUGCGUGGCCCGGUGGAACAGUGAGGCUUCGUCAGACUCUCUGGUCACUCAGGACCUGGUCCAAGGAGAAGGUCAAGCUGUUGAUGUCGGGGACACAGUGGAGGUGGCCUAUUCUGGAAGGCUUUUACAAAACCAUUCUUUAGGACAGGUAUUUGAUUCCAAUCUGGGCAAAGAAAAGCUGCAGCGAGUAAAGCUCGGAGCAGGCAAAGCUCAGAGGGGAUGGGAGGAAGGGAUGCUUGGCAUGCAGAAAGGAGGUCGACGGCUCCUUAUCGUCCCUCCUAGUAUGGGUCAUGGUUCGAAGGGCGUCCUUCAGCAUGUGCCAGCAAACAGCACUCUGGUGUUUGAUGUUGAGAUUCACAGAGUUAAAUUUUCCAAAGACCGACAAAGUCGGGGAUCAGUUGACACCUUCAGUGCAUCUCCAAGUACACUAGGAGAGAACACCAGCCAAUCGGUCACUGACACAGAUGAGUCAAAAGUCCAAGCACCUAAGGGGAAAGUGGAAUCUGUAUCCCCGACAAGUUCAGGUGCUUCCAAAUCCAAGCUAAUCUCCCGUAUAGCCAAGAUGGGUCAACCCAUGCUUCCCUUUCUCACUGGGGCCAUUCCAGCUCAGCCUGACCCCAGUGACUCAGAAACAGAGGAUACAAGUGAAUUGACUUGUGAUCCCUCUCCUUCACAUUCGCACUCACCAAAACCUGCACAAAUGCCCUGUAGAUCUCCAUCUUUGUCGUAUUGGCCUUAUGAUGCUCAGAAACAGGAAGCAGUGGUGCCAGAAGCAGACUUAAACGCUACACAAGGCUUUCAGCCAAAUUCUUUCAGACAAAAUCCUUAUUUUCCAUCACAGCUAGAUUCAUUUGCCUCAGUCUUCCCAUCCCAGCACAUUCCAUACCAGACACCUGAUAUUACAUCAUUCUUGAUGUCUGAUGCUCGCCAACACAACACAGAAAUUCUACUGGCUAUUGAAAAGCUGGCACACAGGGUAGACCAGCUUAGCUGCAAGGUGGAUGAGCUGCGAAAAGAGGCUCACUACUCUUUCAGACACUCAUCUGUGUCCUUAGAGACAAACAUGAUCCUACACAACAUUCAGAGAAUUAUUCAGGAGAGUAUGUGUCUGAAAAAGGAGGUUCUGGAGAAGAGUAGGAACAGUGUAGUGGAGGAACAGAACCACAAAACAGAGAAAAGUGUGAGGUAUAUGGAGCAGAAACACAGCCAGACUUGCCUUCUUCAGGCUGAGCAGGAAAAGGUUCCUAUAUCAGGAGAAUGUGAUUCCUCCACCGCACAAGCACAUCGGCUGGAGCAGGAGGUGCUCAGUCUCCAGCAGAGGGCAGAGAAGCAGAAGUGCACACAGAUGAGGGACAUCAGACAAAACAUGGAGAAGGAGAUGCAAGAUCUGAGGGCUGAAAAGGCGAAUCUGGAUCAGGUGAAGCGAUUGCUGAAUGAAGUGUUUCAGUCUCUCAGGACUGAGUUUGAUUGCCACGAGUCUUACAGUGGACACACCGUGCUCGAGAUUCUCCAAAACACCAUCAAGAGUAUCACCGUGGAACUUCUCUCAGAACCGCAGGAGCUUAAUCAGGCAUAGAUGAAGAUAAAGCAGAGGAAGGAAAGCAGUGAAAUAGUGGGAAAAGGUCAACAUUAAAAUGAAGCAUUUAUGCUAACAGAACAUCUGUAGAUCAGAACACCUCCAUAUUGCAGUCUGUUUGGCCAUAAUUUCACGUACUGAGAAAGGGCAAAUGGUACUGUCCAAUCACAGUUAAGAAAGCUAAUUAAUGUCCAAUCCGUGGACAGCUGAUACUUUCUCAGUGUUUCAAGGCAGGCAGUUCUUCAGUCAUUGAACUGGAAAAACCCUGAACAAUAACAACAGUGUCCUGACUAUGAUACAAUUGGAUAUAACUACAAGGUUUUAAGUCAGGUUAACUAGAUACACGCAAAUGUAAUCUUUACUUGAGUUUGUUUCAUCAUGAGAACAUUAUUUAAUAUAGUAUUUAGGUUUUAUUUAUAAGAUUGCAAAAUACUUAUCUGAUCAACUUGACAUUUCAGGAAUUCUGGACUAAUAUUGGUUUAUUGAACAGGAAAAUAAGAAUGACACUAGGCAAAAUGUAAGAAGUAAAUAGAAAAUCUAACAUAAUUGCAAACUAACACUUAUGAUAUUUUGUAUGUAAACAAAUGCAUCUUAAUCGCAGUAUGCGGUUUCAAAAAAUAAACCUCUAAAUUGUGAAAAAACUAGAACAUAUUGUCUAGGAGUUUUAUUUAGCAGAGGUCUGACAGGUGUGAUAACACUUCAAAAUGAAUAGGAAGCAUUUCAAUGAAUGUGGUUGGUUAGGUACAAUUAUAAAACCUAAAUAAAAUGAAAAUACAUUAUGAAUAUGUAGACAACAACAGAAAAUGCAUAAAGGCAGAACAUUUAUUGUAAAUGAAUGUAACACAGAUAUUUAAUCUCACUGAUAAUAUCACAGAUAAGGUGCCAUUUGUGUUUAUAAAAUGACCACAAACUGCAUCAGUUCUUAUGAAAUAAAAUAAGAGCAGGAAGACUAGUGUGUACAUAAAUUAAUAAUAACCUGCCACCAGAGGGUAGUUUAUACUACAGUAACUUCUACUAAACAUUCUGAGGAUUUCAUGUUUUUUUUUUCUUAAAUGGUAGAUGCACAGCAAACAAAAGACAUAUUUGUCCAGUCUGAUCCAUACAGCAUAACUGCACCACACAAAGCACACAGGUUAACAUUUUGUAUCAUGCUGAGAUAGGAAAUCAAAUGAAUAUGUGAUUAAGUUCUUUUUUAAAUUCUGUACAUGUUCAGUGAGAAGCAGACUUCCACAUAAGAGCACUUGGACGAAGAGAGGUUCACAGAAGUACACAGAUUUAGGAAACAUUAUUGUGUGUGUGCAAUACUUAGAUAGUUGACGAUGUAAAAAGGACUAACAGUGCAUUUGUUAGGAUGAGUGUCUGGAGUGUUUAAGUGCAGUGCCUUAAGAAAGGUUUCGCCUUCAACCUAUAUUUGUCUAUUCUGCUGUGUUGCCAAGUCAGUUCAAAACAUUUAAAUGUUUAAAUUUAAGUGUAAAGAGUCACAUUUAAACUAAAAUUAAAAUCUUACAUUAAAAAUGAAAAUUAAAAAGUACUUUAACUUAACUGGUUGAAGUAUUCAAAUACUCUGGUACUGCAGGGUAUAGCCCCUUUCACACCAAGAAAAGUAUAAAGACAGCUUUAACAAUAAAUGUAUUAGCAUCCAAACCAAUAGACAAUCUAUUUAUUAUAAGCGCAUACUGUAGUUAUGUCAGCUGCCACUUUAAAUGCUCAAUCUCUGCAGAUUUUGAUUGGCCUGUAAAUAUUUUUUAUCAUUUAUCAGCCGGUAGAAUUUUGUUGUGAUGAUUCCAAUGAUAUAGUUCCUCUGUCUUGUCAUUAUAGCUGUGGUGUGAUGCCCCAAUUCUGAUAAAAUUUGAAUUAUGAUUAAAACUUAAAAAAUAUUACAGAUAUUGCCCUUGGUAUGAAAAUCCCUGAAUGGUGAUCAAUUUGGUCUUACUGUACUACAAUGUUGAUAGAAUAACAUUGAGGGCAGGGCAUGAAGAUUUACCUUUAAUAUAGCAAACCUACAGAUAUUUAAAAUUUAGUUGGGGGGUGGGGGUGAGUUCAAUUACAGAAGAGGCACAAGUGCUUAGAGCGGGUACAUCAAUGGUGAUACUAAAGCUCAACAGUCUUAUUAUUAUCUAUUCCUAUUAGGUUUCAGUUAAA